AGAGCAUAGUCAAUGAUAUCAAUGGUGUUGGAUUGCAUUUGCACCCAUUGAUCAAUGGUCAAUCUGAAAGUUCAUCUAACACGGUGGUGGUGAAUGGUGAUCUCUCUCUUUCUCUGAUUGUCGCGUCGAAUGAGGCACAGCAUCAUCAUCAUCAUCCUGUUCCUACGCAAUCGAAUUCCAACCUAAGUUUGUGUCUGUGUCUGUCUUCGUUGGAAUUCGGAUCGGAUCGGAAUUCGGAUCCUCACAGCAUGUCCAAGUCUCUCCCUUACUCCAGAAAAGAUGUUGACUACGAUAACGCCAAGUUUCGCCACCGUUCUUUCUCCAAGGUUAUUACUCAGACCUUCCUCACUAGUAACCGGAAGCGUGAUUGUAUUAGCUGUAGUACUGGAAAGUUUCUAGCAUUGUUAAUGAUUUGUGGGGUAGGAUAUCUUAUGCUGACACAUACGAGUCCCGGUCGUGUAGUUUCUAAUGAUCAUGGUGAAGUAAUUGGAAAUGGAAAGAGUGGAGAAGAUAGUGGUAUUGCUGAUGGUUCUGGGAGGUUGAAGAAGUUAUGGAGACGGGCUCCGAGGCUUCCUCCUCGAUUACCCCCGGAUACUAAAGUGGCUGAUAAUGGUGUGUCUGGAACGUUGGAUGACGGAUCGUUGUGGAUUAGUAGGCAGCAGAAAGUUAAGGAGGCUUUUGUUCAUGCGUGGUCUGGCUACAAGAAAUAUGCCAUGGGUUAUGAUGAACUUAUGCCACUCAGCCAACAUGGGGUUGAUGGAUUAGGAGGGUUAGGUGCUACGGUGGUGGAUGCUCUUGAUACGGCGAUGAUAAUGGGUCUUGAUGAGGUUGUUACUGAAGCAGGAUCCUGGGUUGAAGAACAUCUUUCUGAGAGGAUCAGUAAAAAGGGUCAAGUAAAUUUAUUUGAAACCACAAUUCGGGUUUUGGGUGGGCUUUUAAGUGCUUACCAUCUAAGUGGUGGGGAAAAAGGAAUGAACUUAACUCAUGCAGGACCGAAACCGGCCGUUUAUUUAGAAACUGCUAAGAAUUUGGCUGACCGUCUGAUGUCGGCUUUCACAGCUAGUCCAACUGCUAUUCCAUUUAGUGAUGUCAUUCUGCAUGAGUCAACAGCACAUCCAGCUCCUGGUGGAUUGAGUAGCACAUCAGAAGUUUCCACUUUGCAGCUUGAGUUCAAUUAUCUCAGUUCUGUAUCAGGUGAUCUGAAAUAUAGUUUGGAGGCAAUGAAGGUCAUGGAUCACAUGAAUACUCUUCCCAAGCUUGAAGGACUAGUUCCUAUCUAUAUUAGCCCUGAUUCUGGUCAAUUUAGUGGAGAAAAUAUAAGACUGGGAUCUCGUGGUGACAGCUACUACGAGUACUUAAUUAAAGUAUGGCUUCAGAAUAGAGCUAGUAGAGAUAGUAAUACAUCUUAUCUGUAUGAUAUGUAUAAGGAAGCAAUGAAUGGUGUGAGGCAUCUUCUUGUUCGGAAAUCGAUUCCAAAUGGACUAGUUUUUGUUGGAGAGUUGCCUGGCGGAUCAAAUGGGGGUUUCAGUCCGAAAAUGGAUCACCUGGUGUGUUUCUUACCUGGCACUCUUGCACUUGGUGCCACUAAAGGCCUUACAAAGGAUCAGGCAAUGAAAGACAAUAUGCUCAACUUUGAAGACCUAGAAAAUAUGAAGCUUGCAGAAGAUCUGGCUAAAACAUGCUUCGAAAUGUACUCAGUAACUUCAACUGGUUUGGCUCCUGAAAUUGCUUACUUUCAUACUGAGGAAUUUUCUGAAGAAGGUCAUGAUGGUGGAAAUAAGAACUCAGAGUAUAUCAAUGACAUCAUAAUAAAACCUGCUGACCGUCAUAAUCUUUUGAGACCUGAGACAGUGGAGUCGUUGUUUGUUUUGUACCGUAUCACAGAAGAUCCAAAAUAUCGUGAAUGGGGUUGGCAAAUCUUUGAAGCUUUUGAAAAGCACACAAAGGUUGAUACUGGUGGAUAUUGUUCUCUGGACGAUGUAACUAGUGUUCCUCCUCAUAAAAGAGACAAAAUGGAGACUUUCUUUCUGGGUGAAACCCUUAAAUACUUAUACUUGCUUUUUGGGGACAGCUCUGUUAUUCCUUUGGAUAAAUUUGUUUUUAACACGGAAGCCCAUCCUAUACCAAUCAAUUUGAAGAAAUGAGUUUUAUUCAUCAAAGGCAUUCAAUAGACAGCUUGUAGAAAUCCAGACUGUGUUGGCACAACUUGGGAUGCUUCUUUCAAGUUACUCAGGCAUCUCUUGAGCAAGAGCACUUCUGGUUGUAAAGGAAUUGAUUAGUUGGAUUCUCAGGGAAAAUGUAAACUGUGCAAUACAUCAGCAACACAUUUCAAAGACCAUCACUUGAUUACAUGACUUAUUUUCUUGGAUUUAUAGACAGCAUUUCUCAAUGAGAUUGUAAAAUUUUGUUACAACAAUCAUAUACGAAGAGCAGUUUUUGUAAUUGAAUUGUAUGAUUUUCUUCCAA